AUGCCUCAGCUCAUUCCGUGCAUCAAUGGACUAUUAGGGACGCCUAGGAAGAAUGGAGUUGAAUACUGUGUCUGUACAGAUCUCUCAUGUGUGACCGGUAAUCAAUUUGCUGGUUUUUUAAUAUCACCUUCAUGCCGAGUAAGCCUGCCAUCUCAAUGUAGCAUUUCCGAACCUUGGGUCACCUGGAAACAAGAUAGAGGCGUCAGACGGUACGGCCCCAAGCUCCGCAAAGUUACUAGGCUGCCAAUGGCUCUGACUUCCACAUGUUGUAUAAAGUUCGACCAGACUUUAUUGAUCGGGUUCAUCGGGGCGGCAACGAGGGUGCGGACAACACAAUGCCUUACCGCUUCUGUCACGGCAAUUGUCCGCUUCUUCCUCAGAUCUGCGUCUGAAAUUAGAGGCUACGGCAGGUCAGUUCCUCAAACAGCGUUUCCAUCAGGAAGUAGUACGAUUCGACUCAGGCUUUCUAGACAAGUUACGUCUCACUUAUCAUAUACUUUUGUGGAGCAAAAGUAUCAAUUGUACUACUUCCUGUUGGAAACGCUGUCCUCAAACGAAGAGCUGAGGCCUAUAGCAAUAGAAUACGGGUACCCGAAUGUACAAGUUAGCGAAAUUGGCUUCAAAAUAUAUUGUCGGGAUUAUACAAUAUCACCUGCGCAAAAUACGGAAAAGCCGUUUACUGCUAGUAUUUCACAAGAAGAGCCAGAGCGAACUGGAGCUCUGAAAUGGAAACGCCCGUUAUUUGAUGUCCUCCUGUUGGCUAAACAUGACACGUCAAUCCCCUAG